UUGGAAAAUUUCAAAAGAUUUCCGACUUGAAAACACGGUCAUUUUCUCAAUAUGGACGCAGGGUGGCGCUGCAGGCUAAGGUUAUGAAUAACCGCUUAAAAAGCUUCCUGGCACUUUGUGUUGCAAGACAGAAUCAAAAACACGGACAGGAAGCAUCUCAAGGAAUACCGGGCUCUGAAUGGGUUUGGGCCGCGGUAUUCUAAAUUAACAAAGAUUAAGAGCAACUAGGUAAAGAAUCUCUAACGGAGAAAUCAGAAUUCUGCUUUCAAGUCAUUCCGAGUGAGCUGAACAAUUGGAUGCAAGCACUCGCGUUUUCAUCAUGGAGAAGCUGGAGAGAAAACACCCAAACAGGCAAGUGAUUGCUUUCCUUUUUAUGCUGCUGUGGGAUCAGGUUCUAACGAUGCCUACUCGGUACUCUGUCCUGGAGGAAACAGAAAGCGGCUCCUUUGUAGCACAUCUGGCCAAGGACCUGGGUCUGAGAUAUGGGGACCUGGCAGCCAGGUCUGCACGGGUGGCGUCUGACUAUGACAAACAGCAGUUGAUUCUGGAUCCCGAGACAGGAGAUCUGCUUCUGAGGGAGAAACUAGACCGGGAAGAGCUCUGUGCCACUGUGGACCCCUGUGUCCUGCAUUUCCAGGUGUUCCUAGAAAAGCCAGUGCAGUUUUUCCAAGGAGAAUUACUGAUCCAGGACAUAAAUGACCACUCACCAGAAUUCCCAGAUAGGGAAAUGCUCUUGAAAAUACCAGAAAACAGCCAGCCAGGCUCACGGUUUUCAUUAAAACUAGCUCAGGACUUGGAUGUGGGCAGCAAUGGGCUUCAACAGUACACAGUCAACCCCAACUCUCAUUUUCAUGUCCUCACUCGAAAUAAUAGCGAAGGCAAGAAAUACCCAGAAUUGGUGCAGGACAGAGCCCUGGACAGAGAGGAGCAGGCAGAGCUGAGCUUGACCCUCACGGCUCUGGAUGGGGGCUCUCCACCUAGGUCAGGAACAGCCAUGGUUCGAAUCCUGAUCCUGGACAUCAAUGACAAUGCCCCUGAAUUUGUGAAGACCCCCUAUGAGGUGCAGGUCCUGGAGAGCAGCCCCCCAGACUCCGCGGUCCUGACUGUCCUAGCACAGGAUGCAGAUGCUGGCAACUUUGGGAGAGUUUCCUAUGGCUUGUUCCAAGCAUCAGAUGAAGUUCAACAGACUUUCUCAAUAAACGAAAUCACGGGAGAAAUACGACUGAAAAGAGCACUGGAUUUUGAAAAAAUUAAAUCUUAUCAUGUGGAAAUCGAGGCCACAGAUGGAGGAGGCCUUUCUGGGAAGGGGGCUGUGCUGAUAGAGGUGGUGGAUGUGAACGACAACGCCCCAGAGCUGACCAUAUCUUCACUGACCAGCUCAGUCCCAGAAAAUGCUCCCGCAACUGUGGUUGCUAUCUUCCGAAUACGAGACAGAGAUUCUGGAGAGAACGGGAAAAUCAUUUGUUCUAUUCCAGAUAGUCUGCCAUUCAUUUUAAAACCCUCUAACAAGAACUUUUACACCCUGGUGACGGAGAGCCCUCUGGACAGAGAGAGCAGAUCUGAGUACAACAUCACCAUCACAGUCAGCGACCUGGGCACACCCAGGCUCACAACCCAGCACACCAUAACAGUGCAGGUGUCUGAUGUCAACGACAACGCUCCCGCCUUCACACAAAGCUCCUACACCCUCGUGUGGGCUCACAAUGGCGAGGUGCGCACCUCCAGGCUGCUGAGUGAGCGCGAUGCGCCCAAGCACAGGUUGCUGCUGCUGGUCAAGGACAAUGGCGAUCCUCCGCGGUCUGCCAGUGUCACUCUGCACGUGCUGGUGGUGGAUGGCUUCUCUCAGCCCUACCUGCCUCUGCCAGAGGUGGCGCGCGACUCUGUACAGGACAAUGAGGACUUGCUCACACUCUAUUUGGUCAUUGCCUUGGCGUCUGUGUCUUCGCUCUUUCUCUUGUCUGUGCUGCUGUUCGUGGGGAUAAGGCUGUGCAGGAGGGCCAGGGCGGCGUCUCUUGGUGGUUGCUCUGCUCCUGAGGGCCACUUUCCUGGACACCUGGUCGACAUCAGUGGCACGGGGACCCUGUCCCAGAGCUACCAGUAUGAGGUAUGUCUGACCAGGGACUCUGGGACUGGUGAGUUCAAAUUCCUCAAACCCAUGGUCUCCAACCUGUUGCUUCAGGAUGCUGGGAGAGAAGUUAAGGAAAGUCCCCACUGCAGGGAUAGCUUUGUAUUCAACUAAGUGUUGUCAAUUCCUAGACGAUGUCAUUUUAAGAAAUGUCCUUGUUUCUAAGGGGUUUUCUACUAGUCUAACCUACAUAUUCU